CGGCUGUACCCCAGUUACUGUUUCGGAAGCGCUUGGCUCCCGCCCUCGGGCGCGUGGGCACGGCCCUCCCGGCGCGCGGUGAUGGCCUUUCCCGUGUCCAGGACCCUCCGGCGCGUCCCGGGGGCGCUGCGGGACAAGGUCGCCCCCGACGAGGCCGUCCGGGGGGCGCUGCUGGACGCCUUCCGGGCGCUGUUCAUGAACGACCUCGGGAAGCAGGCGCGUGUCCUGACUGUGCUUCCAGACGCUGUGCAGUCGAAAUACCAGGACCUCCUGUCGGCUCAGCACCCACGGGCGAACCUCCAGGACAGACGCCGGCGGCAAAGCAUCUUUAAACCAGAAGAAAUUCUCUGUAAGACUCUGGGUUUCAGCGUCGCCCGAGCGCCCAGCUCGUUGGUUUCCGCCGGGAGAGGCGUCUUCAUUACCCAAGGACGGGCGCCCAGAGGCGCGGUCGUGGCCAUGUAUCCUGGUACAGUGUAUCAGAAAUAUGAGCCAAUCUUUUUCCAGUCUAUUGGAAACCCGUUUAUUUUCAGAUGCUUGGAUGGCAUACUCAUUGAUGGAAAUGACAAGGGAAUCUCGAAACUCGUGUACAGAUCUUGCAGCGGAAGGGAUCGGCUUGGCCCUUUAAAAAUGAGUGAUAGCACGUGGCUGACAUCAGAGAUGCAGAAUCCGCUGGCUGUAGGACAGUAUGUCAACAAUUGUUCCAAUGCGACGUGCUCGCUCCUAGACAGACCAGCUAACGUCUGCUAUCAGGAGUGGGACGUGCCUGCAGUCUUCCCUGUGGAGCUGAAGCAGUACCUUCCAAACACUGCCUACGGCUGCGACCAGCACAGCCCACUCCGAUGUGUGGUUCUCGUCGCGCUCAGGGACAUCGAACAAGGAGAGGAGCUUUUUUCAAACUACUACACAAUUGUCAGCUGACUGAACGAGGAACUGGGUUUUCUGCUCGACUGUUGUUAACGUUAGUGCUUCUGUUCACCAUUUCUCUGAGUCCCACCUGUACAACUCGGGCUUUGAGAUCUAAUCAGGGUGGGGAUUUUUUAUUUCUAUUGAUACUUUAUGUUUCGAUUCCAUGAUAAAAACUAUUUGCUUCAUUACAGUUUCAAAUUUACAAUACAAUUCCAAUUUUAUUUCGUUUCCCUGCACAGUAGCUUAUUAAAUUAAAACCUGCCACCUGAACUUAUUUCAGUGUUUCUUUUGUUUAAUGUGUGUCUGCGGUGGUUUAUAAAAUUUCAGCCAAGUCAACAGCACUUCUUUUACUGUUGAUGUGUAAGAACUUCUGUAAAAACUUUACUUUUAUAGAAUAAACCAAACAUAUUUUUGUGUGACCUUGAA